GAGUUGCAGCGUAAGCUAAAAUUUUAAUCAGGAAAACCGCAUGCUCAGCCAGGGAUUAGAUCCAAAAUCUAAACAAUAUGAUAUCAGGUAGCUUUCCACGUUUUCAGAGCUUGACUGGUGGAGUCCAAUCCCUAUCUUUGCUGACUUGCAGGUGAACAAGCACAUAUAGCAUAAUCAUAUUACCAGACCAGCCGAUGGUAACUGUUUCGAGUACGUCUUUUCAAUAAACAAAAUCGUCAUAUCAUAUUAUAUUGAAUAUUCGGAUGCCAUCUGCAAAUAAAUUCAACAUGGGCAAUGCCCAUGUCAUAGCCGCGGUCAGAUUAUAUUCUAAGUCAGAGAAGGAAGUUUUAGCCCUGGGACAUGAACAGGGACAAGUUAUGGCGGAUAGUGGGAGUUUUAGCCCUUGGUCAACUGGUCUCGCUCUGCAUGACUGGGGCCAGCUUCGCUUCUUCCGCCCUAGCGGAUCUAGGGGUUGAUGCACCUGUUACUCAGUCUUUUGUGAUUUACAUCUUUCUAGCUCUGAUCUAUGGCUGUGUACUCCUAUAUCGUGGUCAAAGGUUACGGGUUUCGUGGUAUUGGUAUAUUUUAUUGGGAUUUGUUGAUGUUGAGGGAAAUUAUCUUGUUGUGAAGGCAUACCAGUAUACAUCAAUUACUAGUGUGACGUUGCUGGACUGCUGGACCAUUCCAUGGGUUAUGAUUCUUACUCGAUUAUUUAUCAAGACAAAAUAUAAAAUUUGGCAGUAUUGUGGCGCUGUUAUCUGCAUUGCUGGGCUCAUUGUUGUAUUUUUCUCGGAUUCGAGCACGACUGUGACAGGUGGUUCCAAACCAAUUUUAGGCGAUGUACUUGUUAUUGCAGGGACUAUCUUCUAUGCACUAAGCAAUGUCGGUGAGGAGUUCUGUGUAAAGAAGAGAGACCGUGUUGAGGUUGUUGCUAUGCUUGGGAUUUUUGGAGCACUGAUAAGUGGAAUCCAACUAUUGAUAUUUGAGAGAAAGGAGCUAGAAUCACUUGAUUGGUCCUUCAAUAUUGUUAUUCUCUUCCUUGGGUUUGGAGUAUCAAUGUUUGCAUUCUAUACAUUUGUGCCUUUCCUUCUACAGAUGAGUGGAGCAACCCUUUUUAAUCUUUCACUUUUGACUUCUGAUAUGUGGGCAGUAAUUAUUCGUAUAUUCUUUUAUCAUCAAGGGGUUAAUUGGUUAUACUUUCUUUCUCUUGGAAUUGUAAUAGUUGGCCUUACCAUAUAUUCUUUAUAUACUGACCAAGAUAUGACUACUUCAAGCGUUGGUUAUGAGAAUGAUCAAAUUGAUAGCAUACCAUACGCACAACUCAAUCAAGAGAGAGAAGCUAGUCUAGAAAGCAUAAAUGUAAAUCAAAAUUAGCAAACUGCACUUUAUUUUCUUCUAUUGAAGACAAACUCUAAACAAAUUCAUUUCAAGACAACUUAAAUGAAACUUUCAUCUCUUACUUCGAUAUUUUGACAAAAUAUAAUUUGAUGUUAUACUAUCUAAUAUAACACACUGCGUUUUAAGUUU